AUGGACGCGAACUGGCAGCCCGUGCAGGGGUCCAACCCCGGCGCCGCCGUCGCCGUAGGCGACUGGCGCGCCCAGGUCCAUCCCGAGACGCGCAGCAGGAUCGCCGGAAGGAUACUGGAAGCUCUGAAGAAGCUUAUUCCAGUUUCGGAGCCAUUCGGAUUGUAUGAACUUCAGAAAAUUGCUGUGCGGUUCGAACAUAAGAUCUAUGCCGCAGCGAUCAACCAGUCUGAUUAUCUGAGGAAGAUUUCUCUGAAAUUACUAUCUAUGGAGACAAAGGCACAGCAGGCUCCUGGAAAUGCUCAACUGAAUCCAAAUCAAAACAACCCCCAAUUAAGGAUGACUUGACAAUCAUGUUGAUGGUACAGAUUCAUGUCUCCAGGUCGUGUUUCCGCCCCUUCUCUCCGCGCCGUACCUUAGACCUUGAGAAAAGUUGUAUCGCCCUAUGAUAUUAAUAUGUCCCAACUUAGCAGGUUUUGAAUUUUGACCCCAAAAAAUCUUCUUAUUCAGCGUGUGCAAAAAAGGCUUGCAGUUCUGAACAAGUGCGCCUAGGGUGCCUGCUCCUGCAUGUCCCUGCUGCUAUCUGUUUUCGCUGUAGUGAUUCUUGUGGUCAUUGUCUGGAUUCAACUAAGUAGCUGUAAACAUUUUCCAGCUCCAAUCAGUUUUAAAAAUAAAGACUUUUGAAGAUAAUGUGA